AAAAUGAAGUAAAAUUUGAGUUCCAAAAACCCUUUUUUUAUUGCAAUUUCCAAUAGUUACACGUGACAAAGUGAAGUGACACAUAACUGAAAAAGUGAAGUGUAGUGAAGUGUUUCAUCCUAAUUAUGACGUGACCGUAACCGCCAUGUAUCGUCCGAAUUUCUACGAGAGCACCUGCUUCCGUUGUAACGAGAUAGUGUACCAAGUGGACCGAGUUGGGCCACUGAAGGACUUCACAUUUUUCCACAGUGGAUGCUUCAAGUGCGCGGUCUGUGGAACGAAGCUAACUCUAAAGACAUACUACAACAAUCAGCACUGGACGGAAGACAAAGAAGUGUACUGCUCGAGUCAUGUUCCCAAAAUCGGGCCUGGUCACUUGGAUAACUCGUCCGUGGGCAUCCGCAGCGCCCUCAACGUUCCGAAGAGCAACAACUAUGUGAACGAACAGAUCAGAGGACAUACGAGGAACAGCCAUGAAACGGAACUGUCGCCAACCCGUGCUACGAAUGGAGGUAGCGUGCACGCUUCCCCUGCGCGGGAGUUAUCUCGAGACACACCAGACUAUCAAUAUGGGAGAUUUGAUGCAAGCGCGCUGCACAUCGCACAUGCACUCAAACAAACAGAACUGCAGAAAGCCUACCACAGACCGAGGGAAAAGCCUAUUGACUGUUAUUUGGAUCGAGACGAACAAACAAAAUUAGAAAUGAAACACAGACAAGAAGAAGAUGAUUUGUACAGAAAAUUCUCGAAACAUCGUGAAGAAGAAAACAGAAGAAUACGAGAAGAAAUACAGGACGAAUGGGAAAGGGAGUUAGAAAGGUUAACGAACAGAUUCCAGCAAGAAAUGCAAGUUAAGAAACGUCGACCAGACUCUGAGAUCGGUGCGCUGACACUACGACAUCAGCAGGAGAGAGCCGAUCUCGAGAAGAACAUGACACUCCGGAGAGAUAAGAAGAAAGAAAGCCUGACGAGGAAAAUGUUAGAGCACGAAAGGGCAGCGACAGCAGCCUUGGUAGAAAAACAGAGCCACGAAAUGAUGGAGCUCAUCCAAGAACGAAGGUCGGAGUACAUGGCAGCGUCAUCAAUUUAUCUCGAUGGAGAAGAAGCCCCUCCGUAUCCUGCCCGAGCUCCAGCACCGCAGCCACCCUUAGUCUCCAAGUUCCACAUUUAUACAGACCCCGCUGAAUUCGCCGAUGUGGACAAAAUUGCCAUUUCGGUAGCGCAAGAAGACCAAAAGACCUUCACCGAUCUCGUCCGACAAUUAGUGGGCAGAUGUGCGAGUGACGUGGAAAAAGCUCGCACGAUAUUCCGCUGGAUCACCGUCAAGAACUUGAACAACAUUCAGUUCGAUGACAAUCUCAGGGGAGACUCGCCCCUCGGACUGCUGAGAGGCAUAAAGCACGGCACAGAAAGUUACCAUGUUCUGUUUAAGAGAUUGUGCAGUUACGCAGGCCUGCACUGCGUGGUCAUCAAGGGCUACAGCAAGUCAGCGGGCUACCAGCCGGGCGUCCGUUUCGAGGACAACCGGUUUCGUAACUCCUGGAACGCGGUGUACGUGGCCGGUGCCUGGAGAUUCGUGCAGUGUAAUUGGGGAGCUCGGCAUUUGGUGAAUGCUAAGGACGCCCCUAAACCAGGGAAUAGGGGGAAGAGUGACAGCUUGAGAUAUGAAUACGAUGACCACUACUUCCUGACCGACCCUCGGGAGUUCAUCUACGAGUUCUACCCUCUGCAACCGGACUGGCAGCUACUCAAGACUCCAAUAACGUUGCACGACUUCGAGGAACUGCCCUUCGUCAGGUCGCUGUUCUUCCGAUAUGGACUUUACUUCAGCGAUCCAAACACUAAAGCUGUCAUGUUUACUGAUUCUACUGGUGCAGCGACGAUGCGUAUAGCGAUGCCCGCACACAUGCAAAGCUCGCUCAUCUUCCACUACAACCUCAAGUUCUACGAUACGGAAGGAGAUGGCUUUGAUGGCGUCAGUCUCAAGCGAUUUGUUAUGCAGUCAGUGGUGGGCAAUGUAGUAUCAUUCAGGGUGCACGCUCCUUGCAGCGGGGCUUUCCUUCUAGAUAUAUUCGCAAACGCAGUCACUCCUCGCGAAUACCUCACUGGGGAGCCAAUGAAAUUCAAGAGCGUUUGCAAGUUUAAGAUAUGUUGCGCGGAACUGCAAACCGUCAUGGUUCCGUUACCAGACUGCGCGAGCGGAGAAUGGGGACCGACCAAAGCUACCAGACUCUUUGGACUGGUACCAAUUACACAUCAGGAGGCGCUAGUAUUCGCUGGACGAGAGCUAGAAAUCCAAUUCCGCAUGUCGCGCCCUCUCGCGGACUUCAUGGCGACCCUUCAUAAGAACGGAGUUGACGAGAAACGCUUAUCGAAAUACGUGCAACAAAGCGUUUCAGAAGACAUCGUUACCUUCUAUAUAACAUUCCCUGAAGAAGGUCAAUACGGCCUAGACAUCUACACCAGGGAACGCAAUGGACCUACAGCUAUACAUCAAAACGGGUCCACGGAGAAAGAAAAGCACCUCCUUACACACUGUUGCAAAUAUCUUAUUAAUAGCAGCAAAAGAAACUAAACUUAGUUAUUAAAAUAUUUCAAGAGACGUCUCUUUGUAAAUUUGUGGAAUUGUGUACUAAAAUUUCAGGAUUUAAAUGAAUUUUUAGUUCAUUUUUUACUUUAAUAUUCGAGAUAGAUUGGAGUUAGAUUUAAAGAACUGUCAAAAUAGAAUCGAAACAAAUAUUAAUUUUUUUUUUAUGAAUGAAAACUCAAAUUUUAAUGAAAAUACGAAAUCUAAAUUUCGUGAAAAUCCAAAAGAAAUUAAUUUUUUGACUAAAUGUUUUAGCAAUAGCACAGGGCAAGAGAUAAAUGCUAUAACGGGAUAGCUAUUUUUAAAAGAAUGUUUAAUAAUAUAAUAUAAGAACUAUAUCCAAAUGUAGAUAUUAUUAGGUAAUAUAAAAACCGUCCAUUAAGAUAAAAUUUUAAUAAUACAAUUAUAUUAUACAUAUAUUUUUGUAAAUGACUUUAAUUUUAACAAUAUUUCAUUAUUUUAAGUAAUCUAGGUUGUGUUGACGCAAUCUAAUUGCGAUCGUAGUUUUAAAUAUAUUUGAUGAAACUUAUAUUGAUAUUUGACAACAGUUAAAAAUUUAGAAUGACAUUUUAUUAAAUGUAAUAAUUAUUUUAUUUAUUAAGAUAUAGUAACAUUUUAAUAUGAAAAAAAAAAGAUAGCACAGAACACAUAGUCACAGAUAAAAGAUGUAUACAUCAAAUUUCAAAUUACUAAUUUUACAGAUAUAUUUAUUGCAUUAAAAAUAUAAAAAUUAUUAAUUAUGUAUUAAUAUAAAUCAAUAGAAAAUAUCCAUGACAAUUAUCUUUUUUUCAUCACAACCACGUCAAGUCAAUAAUUACGAAAAUUAAAGCAUU